AUGGAAUCUCCCGAGCCAGAUGAUGAUCGUUUUUGUGUGUUGCGUCGGGUUCGCAAGCGUAAACUUGAUCUUCAGUCGGAAAUCGUUACGCUACGCGGGGAAUUGAAGGAGGUCGAGGCCGAACUCGAAACCCUCAGCUACCAAGACGAUGAAGGGCGUGCAAAGGUGAAACUUCUUGCACAAGGCAAAAAGAAGUUUAACGCAGACCCGGAAGAGGGCUUAAAGUGGAUGUUUGAACGCAACUUAAUCAACCCAACAGCUAUUGACGUCGCCGAGUGGCUUUUUGAAGCCGCUACUACAAGCAAAGGUGUCUCCAAGCGCGCAAUUGGUGAAUACUUAGGAAAACAUGAAGCAUUCCAGCUAGAAGUGCUAAAUAAUUUUUGCCAGCUUCACCACUUUGCCGACACUCAUGUUCUGGAUGCUCUCCGGCUUUUCCUCUCCUCAUUCCUACUACCCGGUGAAAGCCAGAAGAUCGAGCGGAUUAUUCAGACAUUUGCAGUCCAUUACACCGAAUCAAACCCAAUGACGUUCAAAACAGCCGACUCGUGCAAUUCACUCUCCUACAAUUGUAUUGCCCUCAAUACACUACUGCAUAAUCCAAACGUCAAAGACAAGCCGACAUUCGCAGUAUUCAAAUUGAUGACAGACGAUUUUCUAAAGUCGGGCGAGUUUAAUGAAUCUCAACUGGCAGCCAUCUACGAUUCGAUAAAGGAGAAGGAGUUUAAGGUGCCAACCGAUUCUGUCGGCUCUCUGGCUGAUGGAGCUGAUCACACUGGAUGGUUGCAUAAGCAGAGUAGCAAGUUCCUUUCUGGAUCCUUAUCUUGGAAACGUCGCUGGUUUGUACUUGCCGACAAUUGCCUCUACUAUUUUGAAGCGACCAAUCAGAAGAACCCAAAAGGCAUUAUUCCGUUGCAGAAUGUUGGAGUUAGAAGAUCCGAAAAUCAAUCCCGCCCUCACACCUUUGAGAUCCAUUCCUUGAACCAAGACGAGCGCGUGAAAGCUUGCAAAGCCGAAUCAGAUGGUCGAUUGGUCGAAGGCCGUCACACUGUCUACAAAAUCUCGGCUUCUUCUGAUGAAGAACUACGGGAGUGGAUGGAAUACAUCUCAAAAGCCAUCCAAACAUACCCAAUCUCCCAGAAUGGCCGU